AUGGAAGAUUACUAAAGUAGCUCUUUUAAAGAUGAAGCUCAAGUUUCUUAUAGUAAAUUAGAUUCUACAUCUAAGAGCUCUAAGAAUCAAAAUGAUGAAUCACAAUCUGAUGAGAAAAAAUCAGAUGAUGAAUCAGAAGCUGUAAAUACAGAGUUUGAUGUUCAUUAAAAAGGAGCUAUUCUUACUUUAUAGCAUCUUAUCAAAUUAAAAAGAAAACCCAGAAAGAGCAAAAAGAUAGUGGUUGACCUGUCAAAUACAAAAUAUGAUGUAAUAAAACAAAUAUGCUCAGAAUCAUUUAAUUGGAAUAUAACUUACAGAUCUAACGCAGAUUGGAAUAUUAAAUGGCAAGAUUUUUAUAUUAACGAAGAUGAUUUGCGCAGGAUGCUUCCAUAUCAAAAAAUUAAUCAUUUCCCAGGUUCUUAUAACCUAGGAAAAAAGAAUUAUUUAGGAAAGAACUUAUCAAAAAUGAGAUUGAAAUUUCCUGAUGAUUUUGACUUUUGCCCACGCACAUGGCUAUUACCUUACUAGUAUGAAGAUUUAAGAAAUUUUUAUGAAAAAAAUAAAUCUAAAAAACCUGUGUUUAUUGUUAAACCAGAAGCUAGUUGUUAAGGAAAAGGAAUUUAUCUAGUUAAAAAAUUUUCAACGCUAAAAUAAGAUCAGCACAUGGUUGUUUAGGAAUAUAUUAAACAUCCUUUCUUGAUUGAUGGACUUAAGUUUGAUUUUAGAGUGUAUGUUUUAGUUAAGAGCGUGUGUCCUUUAAAAGUGUUUAUUUACAGAGAAGGAUUGGCUAGGUUUGCUACUUGCAAAUAUUCCAAGCCUUCUAAAAAAAAUCUGAAAAAUAUGUGCAUGCAUUUGACAAAUUAUGCUGUAAACAAGCACAAUCCUGAAUUUUAAUUUAAUUCAAAUGCCAACUAAGAUAACGUUGGCCAUAAAAGAAGCUUUUCAUCAAUAUUAAAAUAUUUAGAAGAUAAUGGAAAAGACGCAACUGGAGUGUUUUUGUAAAUUAAGCAAAUAGUUAAUAAAACUAUGUGCAGUGUUUAACCUUAUCUUAGCCAUUUAUAUAGAAGCUGUUAGCUAAAAGAAGAGAAUUCAGAAAUGUGUUUUGAGGUUUUUGGAUUUGAUAUUAUGCUUGAUGAUGAUUUAAAAGCAUAUCUUAUAGAAGUUAAUCACACACCUAGUUUUACUACAGAUACUCCAUUAGAUUAUCACAUAAAGCACAGUUUAAUUACAGAUACUUUAAUUUUAGUGGAUACAAGAAAUAAAGCAAAAUCAAAUUAUUUAGAAUCUAAAAAAUAAAUGAUAAUUGGGAAAUCUAGUGUAAAAAUGAAUUAAGAGGAUAAGGAGAAUAUGUAGAGAAAGCUAGAUGCAUAUGAGCAUAAAUAUUAAAAUGGAUAUAUUAAAUCUUUACCUGCAGAUAGUGAUGAUAAUUUAAACUACGAAAAAUUCAUUUAAGCAGCUUAAUCUAUUCAUGAUGAAUUUACUGGCACUAAAAGAAAUUUUGAGAGACUAUAAACUCAAUAGUAACCUUCCACUACUUCACUCUAAAAUCAAAGUGAAAAAAAGAAAUAGGAAUAAGAUGCACCUAACAUUCCUAAGCCUAAAAAUAUAAAUAUUGUUAGGAGACCUGUAUCUGGCAUUCCAUUAAACUUAUAGAAAAGGAUGAAUUAAGAAACAAAUUAAACUGACAAUGAUAUAUCUAAAUUAGCUAAUAAUACGACUGGGUUUUUAAAUCAAAGCUUUAAUCAAUAAAGCUAAAACCAAUCUGUUAACGGUUAUUAACCAUAAACUUAAGAUUUACAAAGCUAAGCUUAGGGUAAUUCAUCUUCGAGCUCUUCGAUUUAAACAGUAUCUGCUCUAUCUUAGAAAUCAAAUACAAAUCACAUAAUAAAAAAUAUUAGAAAGAUUUCUUAAAGGAGUGUUUAUAAACCUUCAUAAAGUGUUGUAGAUUAUUCAGUAGAUGCUAAUCAGUAAUCUGGCUCAACUACUAAUAUAUAUUCCAGUGUAUAAAAUAAAAACUAAAAUGCAAUAAGUACUAUGAAUAAUUAUUCUAGAGAGGAAACAUCAAUUUUUAACAUAGAUAAAGGUGAUCAGCAGCUAAAAUAAUUUGGAUCCAAUAAUAACAUUUAGCUUAAUAUGAGACCAGAGUCAGGAAGAUAAGAACUAUCUUACAAAUUAGACCAACUUAAAAGAGAAUUAUAAAUGGCAAAAGAAGAAGCUUCAAGAUGCUUAAAUGAGUAAGAAUCUGUUAAGCUUUAAUAGUUAUCUCAUACAAGAGGUCUUACUUAGGUAUUAGAAACCACAAAUAAUAUUACAGCUCAAGCAAAAAUUUCAAUAAGACCUCAAUCUUCCUCAAUAGCUGGAUAACUUUACAGAAAUAAUUUAAACCAAUAUAAUUAGAAUUAAAAUAAUGGAAUAACUCCUCUUUCCUCAACUUCUUCUCGUCCUCUAAUGUAAAAUGGAAAUAAAGCGGUCUUUUUAAAAAUUAAAGAAGAUGCUAUAGUAAGAAACACAGUUAAUUCUAAUGGAACGCUAGUAUACAUUUAAUAGUCUAAUAACAGCAACGCGCUUUAACAAAACAGAAAUGAAUUCUUAAGCAUACAGCGAGUCAAAAUAGAGCCUAAACUUUAUGCUAAUUCUUCUUUAAAUAGUAAUUCCAAUUAAAAUAAUGCUUAUUUAGCUCCCGUAAGUUAUAGCUCUAGCAGAGUUGUUAAUAUUCCAAGCUUACAUGGAUACUCUAAUAACUAGAAUCUAAAUUAAAAUAGCACAAAUGCAUACUUUAACAGCAUAUCUCCAAAACAUUAUUAAAACUCUAUAACACCAUCUUCAUAAUAAUUCUUAAAUCAUGCAAACAGCAGCAUCUCACAAAAUAUUCUUUAAGAAAUGAAUAAUAAAAAUAUGAAUGUUAUAAUUGAAAACAAAGAAAAAAAUAAUUAUAAAUCUCGUGGCAGCUCAGCAAUAGGUGGCUAGAGAGAAUUAAAAUAGUAUUUGAAUUCUAACUAACCACCAUAAACCUAGCAAAACUUAAACUUAACAAACAACUUAAAUACAAGCAAUAACACAAACAACAAUAACAAUCAUAGCCAAAAUAGUUAAUAACAUUUACAUUCUAAUUUAAGAUCUAAUUCUUAUGGUAAUUUACAUACAGAAAAAGGGUAUAUUUUAACCGUUGAAAACGCUUAAACAACUACCAAUGCUACAAACUAUGCCUAGAGAAAGGGUUUACCAAAAAGAUCAUUUAAAUUUGAUGAUAAAAUAUAAAAUCUGAUAUAAUUUAACAUUCAAGAUGAAAUAUAAUCCUGA